AUGAGUAUUUCUAACUAUCAUAACAAAUCACUGUCUAAUAAGCACAAUGCUAAAAGAUAUGAAAUUUCAGACGAACAGAAACAAGAACUUAAAGAAGGUAAGUCAAGUAACAAACAAUUUCUAGCUUUUGAUCUAUUCGAUUCUAACAAAUCAGGGAAAAUCGAUUUUCACGAAUUUAAAACAAUUUUAAAAGCGUUAGGUUUUGAUGUAAUGAAACAGAAUCUAUCAGAUAUCAUGAAAACGUAUGACAGUAGUAAUGCUGGAUAUUUAUCGUUCAACGACUACAUGAAAAUUAUGACAGAAAAAAUAGCCGCACGUGACCCUUUAGAAGAGAUUAAACUCGCUUUUAAGCUGUUUGACGAGGAUAACAGUGGAUUCAUCACUAAAGAAAAAUUAAAACGUGUGGCAAUUCAUUUAGGAGAAGAUUUGAACGAUGAAGAGCUCAAAAGCAUGAUUGACGAGUUCGAUCGAAACUGUGAUGGUAUGAUUGAUGCCCAAGAAUUUAUUGCAAUAAUGAACCAGGCAGCUCUUUUUUAA